GGGAAAAAAAGGAGAGGCCGGGAGCGCAACCAGGCGCGGCGGCCGCUGACUCAGCCCCACUUCCGGAAUCCCGGCGGCCGCCCCGCUGCUUGGCCGGAAAGCUGCCCCGCGGCGCAGAGGAGGCUGACUCACGGCGUCACGGCCACUAACAAUCGCUCUCGGCUGCCGUCCCCACGGGGCAUCUGCCCACUAGGCGCACAUGCCCCGGGAGGGUAAAGUGAAGUCGCUGCGUUUUCUCCGUGGGGGCGCUGCCAGAGCUCGUUCCCUUUUAAGAGUAGGAGAUCCCAGGAAGGCGGCUUUGUCCCCGUGCAGGAUGCCUCCUAACAGCUUCGACCCGGCUUUCGUGGGGAAAAGCCUGCAGUCCCCAAGAGGGUGCUUCUUACGUGCUGUCGACAAGGGGGCUGGACGCGGUGAUCCGCAGGUUCUCUCUUCUAGCUCUGCCGUCCUAAGACCGUGAUGAACUCGCUCUCGCCUUACGGCGACCCUCAUAGAGUUUCCGAGAUCUUCACCAUGGAUGACCUGGCUCAUGCAAAUGCUCAUUUUGCUCUCGAUCUCUUCCAAAAGUUUGCUGAAGCCAACCCACAAGGCAACAUCUUCUUUUCUCCAUUUAGUGUAUCUUCUGCAAUUGGUAUGGUCUUCUUAGGGGCCAAGGGUGACACAGCCACACAACUCUCCAAGACCUUUCACUUUGAUGCCGUCAAAGACCUUCAUUCCAGAUUCCAGGCCCUCAAUACUAGAAUUAACCAGAGCGAUGCACCCUAUAUACUGAAGCUUGCCAACAGACUGUAUGGAGAAAAGACUUACACAUUUUUGCAGGAUUUCUUGGCUGGAACACAGAAACUAUAUGGAGCCGAGUUAUCCAAAGUGGAUUUCUUAAAUGCUUCAGACGGUGCACGAAAAGAGAUUAACCAGUGGGUUGAGAAGCAAACAGAAGGUAAAAUCCUUGAGUUGUUAUCUGAAGGCUCAGUUAAUGCACUGACCAAACUAGUUCUGGUGAAUGCUAUUUACUUCAAAGGCAGCUGGGAAAAGAAAUUUCAAGAAGAGAAGACAAAGGAUAUGCCUUUUAGACUCAAUAAGAAGGAGAAAAAGACUGUGAAAAUGAUGUUCAUGAUGGAGAAGCUGCCGUUUGGAUAUAUCUCGGAGUGGAAGUGCCGUGUGCUGGAACUUCCUUACAAGGGAAAAGAGCUGAGCAUGAUCGUCCUGCUGCCUGAUGAAAUUGAGGAUGACUCCACUGGCCUGGAACAGCUGGAGAAGCAGAUCACCGUAGAAAAGCUCCAAGAGUGGACACAGCCAGGAAAAAUGCAUUCCCACUAUGAGGUCCAUGUGCAUCUGCCUAAAUUUAAGCUGGAAGAAAGCUAUGAGCUUAAGUCCCAUUUAGCAGCUCUGGGUGUGUUGGAUGUCUUUGACGGUGGCAAGGCCGAUUUGUCGGGAAUGUCAGGAGCCCGGGACCUCCACUUGUCCAAAGUUGUUCACAAGUCAUUCAUCGAGGUGAAUGAGGAGGGUACAGAAGCAGCAGCAGCAACCGCCGGUUUGGUUAUGCUAUGCAGCAUGCCCAUGGAAGAGCAUUUCAACGUUGACCACCCUUUCCUCUUCUUCAUCCGUCACAAUCCAACCAGAAGUAUACUUUUCUUUGGCCGGUUUGCUUCUCCAUGAAAGGCAAAAUAAAUUGCAUGAUCACGUAUUUGUUCACAGACGUGGUCCCAUCAAGCCUAGCUUAGCUUCUUUCUUUGUCUGUCCUGAGGGAGGAACGGGGCAAGAUUCGUUUUUGGGACUGAAUGUUUUUCACAUGCUUGUAACAAUCCCCUGAUUUCCUUUCUUCUUGAACUGUCCUCUUUUGUUGAUCUGUUGAGAAUUCUACUUUAUCACAUUUUAACACAUUUGAUUUGUAAUGGAAUAAAUAGUCUCUUCCUUGCAGAGAUGCUCAGAUUUCUCCUAGUAUAAUAAAGGUGAAGAAAUU